CCUGGAAUUAUAAGCCGCGGCUCGGUGACAGGAGGAACGCCUAGAAACCCCACAACUGUGCUAAAAAAUGGAACUUGGGAUGCGCCAACCUCUGGAGAGCUGGAGCAGUUCGCCAAGGACCUCAAGCACAAGCGCAUCAUGCUGGGCUUCACCCAGGCCGACGUGGGGCUGGCUCUGGGCACACUCUACGGGAAGAUGUUCAGCCAGACGACCAUCUGCCGCUUCGAAGCGCUCCAGCUCAGCUUCAAGAACAUGUGCAAGCUGAAACCACUGUUGCAGCGCUGGCUCAACGAGGCGGAGAACACGGACAACAUGCAAGAGAUGUGCAAUGCGGAGCAAGUACUGGCCCAAGCCCGGAAGAGAAAACGCAGGACCAGCAUUGAGACCAAUGUGAAGGGGACACUGGAGAGCUUCUUCCGCAAGUGCGUGAAGCCCAAUCCCCAGGAGAUCUCCCAGAUUGCUGAGGACCUCAACCUGGAUAAAGACGUGGUCCGGGUCUGGUUCUGCAACCGGCGUCAGAAAGGCAAACGGCUGCUGCUGCCCUAUGGCAACGAGGCAGAUGGGAUGAUGUACAACAUGAACCAGCCGCUGGUGCCGCCCACCCUGCCCAUCCCAGUGACGUCCCAGGGCUACAGCCUGGCACCCUCCCCUCCCAUCUACAUGCCGACCUUUCACAAAGCUGAGAUGUUCCCACAAGCGCUGCAGCCUGGGCUCUCCAUGAGCAACAGCGGCCACUGAACCAGGGGCUGUGGGGUCACUGCAGGUGGUCUGGCAGCCCCCACUUUGCCCCGGGCUGGCCCAGGCAAAGCCCUGCUUCCGCUCGUUGGGCUGCUGUGUGGGGCUUUUUGGGUUGC